GGUCCAACUUAUAAGUGCUGCGCUUUGAACUCAGGUCGAAAAAUUUUUUUGGGGGGGGGUGCUUUUUUAAUCGUUAAAGAGAAAAUUAAAUCGUCAGUGUGUGUCCUGUUUCUUGCUGUGAGGGUUUGCGAUGCCCUCUGACUUUAUCUCCCUUUUCAGCGGGGACCUCGACCUGAAUGCUCCCAGAGCCUUCUACUCCAAAGAAUCUGUUUAUGAACUCUUGCCAUUCUCCACUCAGCAAACAACGUCAGCCAUGAGUCAAAAGAGUGGCGGAGAGGCAGGGCCUCCCCCUUCAGCUGCUCUAGCAUCAGAUAUAAUCACCUCUUCUACGAACAUGGGAGGCCCCCACACCGCUUUUCCCAAGUCUUCCUGCCCAGCCAUCCAUUCUGCUGCUUUGGCCAGCGAUCAGAACCUGUUUAACAGCAUUGAUCCAGAGGACAGCAGGAAUGGCAGAGGGGUGUCAGAGAUUCUCGGGGCAGAGGAGGAUAAUGACAAUGCUAAGAGUGCUGGCAGCUGCAGGGCAAACGGCGAAGUAGGAGGAAGAAGCGCAACACCCCAAGAAACCCAGCCAUACCACCAGACAACCCCAUCUAAGCGCCGCACUGUGCUCAAUAUAUCUCCACCUCCUGAAGACCUGUUUGACGACAGCCGCAUGUCCUGCCAGGAUGAAGCAUCUCUGGACUCGGAACAAAGCAACAGCAUCUGGAUGGAGGACUCUCUCUCCAGCUUCAGCAUCAUCAGCUCUAUGUCAUAUAAUGACAACACAGAGGUGCCACGAAAGUCCCGCAAACGUACUCCUCGCCAGAGGCCUGGUCCCAAGUCUGUACCUGCAGAGGAAGCCAGUAUGGAUGUGUUUGAUGCAGACAGUGCCAAAGGGCCACAUUUUGUUCUCUCACAGCUCAGCCCUGACAACAAAGCUUGCACAAAAGGAAGUUCUCCAGAUGAUCAUCAGAUAACUAAUCAAAAAGGAGGAACUCUUUCAGUUCAAUACCCACAGAAGUGUGAGGGGAAGGAACUGAAGAUCCUUGUCCAGCCUGAGACUCAGCACCGAGCGCGCUAUCUGACAGAAGGCAGUAGAGGGUCAGUAAAAGACCGCACUCAGCAGGGCUUCCCUACUGUAAAGCUGGAGGGAGUGAACGAGCCAGUGAACUUGCAAGUGUUUGUGGGCAACGAUGCUGGACGAGUGAAGCCACAUGGAUUUUACCAAGCUUGUAGGGUGACUGGUCGCAAUACUACAGCUUGCAAUGAGGUGGAUAUUGAAGGAACAACUGUUAUUGAGGUGUCCCUCGACCCAAGCACGAAUAUGACAUUGGCGGUGGACUGCGUUGGAAUCUUGAAGCUCCGUAAUGCUGAUGUUGAGGCUCGUAUUGGUGUGGCUGGAUCAAAAAAGAAGAGUACACGGGCUCGACUUGUGUUUCGGGUCAGAAUCCACCGUCCAGAUGGUUCAGUGCUCACACUGCAGACUUCAUCAUCUUCAAUCCUGUGUACCCAGCCUGCAGGAUUACCUGAAAUCCUGAAGAAGUCGCUACAUACUUGCUCAGUAAGGGGUGGAGAAGAACUGUUCAUCAUUGGAAAGAACUUUCUUAAAGACACCAAAGUCAUAUUUCAAGAGAAUGUAUCUGAUGAGAACUCAUGGAAAGCAGAGGCUGAAAUUGACAUGGAACUCUUUCACCAGAAUCACUUGAUAGUAAAAGUUCCUCCAUACCAGAACCAGUCCAUCACCAGUGCAGUGUACGUGUGGAUUUAUGUGGUGACGAAUGCUGGAAGAUCUCAUGAUGUUCAGCCUUUUACUUACACCCCUGGCUCAGCUAAUCCUGAUGUUUCUGUGAAGAAAGAGACUGCCUCUCCAGUGAAGACCUGUCCUUAUGAUGAUCAAAUUAAAGCUCUGGACGGUGCCUUAAUGCCUUCAGUGGUGCCUUCAAUAAAGAGAGAAGAAGUCACACCAAUGGAAGUUUCUAGCAACGUCCAACCUCAUGGGGCAUUUAAGCAGGCUGCAGAUGUCAGAGGUCCAGCCCAACAGAGCACAGAUGUUUCUUUCAGUCAUCUGGAUAAGAACAGACCAUUCUCCAAUAAUCUGUCUCAGCCUGCAGGUGACUCUGACAAUGACCAGAGUCCGAUCUUUAACAAUGCAGAGCCCCUAAGCACUAUCCAGAAGCAGGACAUUGUUCCCACCAGGUCCCAUCUUGUAGAUGCUCUGGUCCAACAAGGCUCCCAGAAGUUCCUCCUGGAAACCAGAGAGAAUCUUGGGCAGGAGAGGCCAGGAAGCAGUUCUCCGACUAUGAGGAGGCUGUGUAGAGAACCUGCAUCCCAGCAGCAGCAGUUAUCACAUUUUCCCUCAGAAGAUGUUGCCCAUUUGGAAGAGGCAGUGAGACAACUCAAAGCCAAAGGGUUCUGUAGCUUAACACUGCAGCCUGAUAACCGGAUGGCUAAACAGCAGCAGCAACAUAUCCAACACCACCAGCAGAUCCAAGAACAACAAAUUCAGCAGCAGCAGCAGGUUUUGGAGAACAUUCAGCAGCAGAUUUUGCAGUCACAGAUCCAAAUGCAAUGUGGUAUAUUCCAGGAAGUCUCCUCCCAGGGGAAAAAUACAGAGCAGCAGGGCUCACCACAGGGAGUAAUGCCAAGUCAGGGAACUAUUUUCCAGCAGGCCCAGCAGCAGCAGCAACAAGCAGCUCUGUUUCAGCAGUCCAAUGACCUCUUUCCUAUUCAAACCAACUUCCUCCAACAGACACCCUCACCUCCUAUUUUCCACAAUCCCACUUCUUUGGCUAAACCUCAAGACCCACAAGGGACAGUGUUUUGUGCUCAGAAAGCCCCUCACACACAAGAUCAGGUCCAGGCUGGGCUCUUUCAGGAAAGUAUUCAAGUACUGAGUGGAACAACUGUUUCCCCAGAGCACCAGCCCUCAACCUCCAGCAUCUUCCUUCAUCAGAAUUCUCUAAACUCUCAGCUUUCAACCAGCAGUACCCAACAGCAGCAACAACAGCUGGCCUUCCUCAGUGCACUGCAAACACCUGCACCUGAACCACAUUCAGUAUUUCAGCCUCAAACACAGCUCUCACCUAUUCAACAAAGGAGCCCUUUGGAGCAGCAGCAGCAGCCUUCCCAACCUCAUCCGCACACUCAGCCAUCCCAGCAGGCUUCCCUCUUUCAGAACAUUUCACCUCAUACAUCCACAAACACCCUUUCUCCAAGCCAGCAGCAACAAGCUGGCUUACUAUUCUGCAGUAAUCCCCUUUCCACACCAAAGCAGCCAUCCAGCCUCCUGUUCAGUAGUCAGGGCCAGAUGCCUCCCUUGACAAGCAGCAGUCUGGCUUCUCAAGAGCUUCCAAAUUCCACUGUGCUGUUAUCCCAAUCCAGGAUGGUUACAGUAAACCAGCAUGACUGCUCUGAAGCCAUGGCCAUAGGGAAUCCUGCUGAUCCACAUCAGCAAGUUCUGUUUCAUGAGCAACAGCCCAUGCAGUUAGGCAGCAACUCAAACAGCCACCAGGAGCAGCAUGUGGGUCUCUUCAUGCCCCAGGCUAACAUGGCGUCCCUACAGGGUGGACUUGGUGCUCAGGAGCUCACACAGCCAACCAUGUUUGCCACACAGAACAGUAUAUCAAGCCUCCAGACCACCUCCUCUUCUCCUGUUCAGCAACCAGGAACUCUGUUUCAGAGUGCUGUCAGUGGAACCAUGAGCCAGCCCAGCCAGCCUCAACAGCCUGCACUCUUCCUGUUUGGAAUUCAAGAUGAAUGUGACCCACUGAUAAACAGUCCGGGAAACACAGUGUCUGAUCAGCUUAUAGCACUCAGCCAGUUGGGUCAGAACCAAAGAGAGAGUGAUGCUUGCAUCCAGUCUCUGCUCAACCAAUCCUUGUCACAAUCCACGAUGGCGCAGAGCAGCAUGACUUCAUCACAGAACAUGGAGAAGAUCAACGACCUGUUGGUUAGCUUGCAAGAGUCUGGCAGCAGUUUAUCACAGUCAUACUAAAGCACAGGUUCACACAAUAUUCUGUUAUUUAUCACUGAUUACAUUUUGAAUAAGUUUAAGUUAUGGACAAAACACUAUCCGUUGAUAAUUGCAGGUUAAAUGUUCAUGUAUGGCCCCGCAUAAUGAAGGUGAAAGCAUGAAUUGUUUUACAUGUGCUUGCUUGGUGGUGUAAUAACAUUGGAUUGUUUUUCUGGCGGGCAGCACGAUGGAUUAGUGGUUAGCACUGUUGCCUCACAGUGAGAAGGUCAUGGGAUUGACUCCCACCUGUGGCCUUUCUGUGCGGCGUUUGCAUGUUCUCAUCAUGUUUGUGUGGGUUCCCUCCAGAUGCU